GGCCUUGGCAGGUGGACCUUGACUGGCGCGGGGCAACAGACAACUCAUGCGGUCUUAGUUUAGCGCAAUUUACGCUGUCUGUAGGCGUUCGCGGCGGAAUGCUCACGCCGAGGCAGCCCCAUCUUGCAAAAAUAAUGACGGCCUGCGUCGCCGCAAUUUAUCCCUGGCGCUUCCUGGUAGCAGCGGUCCCCACUUGUGACCCGGACGCAUGCGCUGCUCUCCGCGACGACGACUUUUGGCCGCGGCGCGAGGCGCCGCCGACGUGGUGUAGGGGCAACGACGUCAAGGGACGGUGGGAGGAUGUUGCGGCGGGCGGCUGGACUGCGGCCGCUCGCCGCUGCUACGCCGCGGCGCUCGAACCCACGAAUCUGUGCAGCCGGUUCGUGGCCGGCGAGGAGAUGUGCGUCACGAAGCACAACGGCGAGAUCCCGUGCGAGUGGACGGACUCGGAUCGCGAACGACGCGCGAGAGAGGACAAGGCGACCUACGUCCUUGCACGGCCGCGGGUCCCGGUGUCUGGUCCGAGCGGGUAUUCUCGGGCCGAGCGUUCGCAUCCGCAGGUGCCGGAUCGCGAGCCCCUUCGACGCGCUGCGAAUCGCCGCACGACAACGGUGGAAAUUUAUUUUCAUGGGCGACAGCGUCGCCCUCGGUUUGUCCGCGGCCGCGUCGUGGCACUACGACGCGCUCCGCUGCUCGGGCACGGCGGAGGCGGAUGCGACGAGACCCGUCGGGGUGCCGCUGCACGUCGUGCCGUUGGACGGAGAGGUUCUCGAUUAUUCCCUGCAGAAACUCCAAAACCACCCGAACGCGACGCUACUCGUGCAGAUCGGCCUGUGGUACAACUGGAACGCCUCGAAGACAACAUGUCGAGAGGACGGCGUCAUCUUCGCGCCUGAGGUCUUCUUCCAACCGUGGAACGAGUCGAUCGCCGCAAUCGACGCCCUGGCCGCGCGCGCCGCGGCGCGCGCAACGACGGCACGGCCCAAUAAAAAGUACAAACGAGAGGUGUACUAUGCGCUUCUCCGGGCCGACGUGCCGACCUACGGAGUUGGAGAGGACCGGGACCAAUGCACGUUUGCCGCCGCGCUCGUGCGCCUCGCCGUGUACCUACGCACGCGCAGUCCCCAGCGCCACGUCGUCUUCCUGACGCACAGCCCGCAGCACACAGUCGGGGGCGCGCGGCUCCGCGACUUCGCCACGCUGAACACGGCGGGCGCGUGGCGGGAUCGAGUCGCCAAACACGUCGUUCUCCGGCUCCUACCGCACGCGAGGUUCGUCCACACGCACCUGCUCCUCGCCGAUCGGCGAUACUCGCACAACUUCGGCGACCGGGGCCAGAUGGACCAGACGCAUUGGUGCUGGAAUGCGCGCGCUCCCGUCGAGGCCCUGGCGGUGGCGCUCACGGCAGCGCUGCCGGUGUACCCGCAUCCGUCCCGAGAGCCGUCCUGAGCCCACUGCAGUACGGGGCUGAUAGGGGCUAGUAGUAAAACUUCAUCCGAG